GACCCAUUGCUAACGGUGUUAAAAUGGCAUCCAUUCCACUCCUCACAACACCUCCAACCAAAUAAAAGACUGGAACGAAUCCAUCCUUCUCAUCAAAACACGAGAUGGGUUGAAUCCAACCCUGAUCCCAACUUGUUCCACUUCCCAAAAUCAAACACAUGAUAACUGUCUAACAAAGCCAUAAUCUGCAGCAGUUGAGUAGGAGUACAUCAAUUUCUUCAGAAUUCCAUUCCUUGCCUCCCGGCUCCCGCGUGCCCAGCUUGAAUCGCCUCCUGCUAGUCCCUCCUAGCACCUAGCGCCUCUUCUAGUUCUAGGCGUCGUCUCGUCGUGUGGUCCAAUCUUGCGGGCUCCAACCUUUUCCACCUCACGGGCACGGCGAUGGCCACACAAGAGCCGGCGUCGUCGGAGGGCGCGCAGCGACGGCGGCCUAGGGUCCUCCUGGCGGCCUCCGGCAGCGUGGCGGCCAUCAAGUUCGAGGGCCUCUGCCGCAGCGUCGCCGAGUGGGCCGACGUCCGCGCGGUGGCGACCGCGUCCGCCCUGCACUUCAUCGACAAGGCCUCCUUCCCCGGCGGCGUCCCGCUCUACACCGACGACGACGAGUGGUCCCGCUGGGGGCGGGUCGGCGACGAGGUCCUCCACAUCGAGCUCCGCAGGUGGGCCGACGCCCUGGUCGUCGCGCCGCUCUCGGCCAACACCCUCGCCAAGAUCGCUGGCGGGCUGUGCGACAACCUCCUGACGUGCGUGGUGCGCGCGUGGGAUUACGGCAAGCCCGUCUACGUCGCGCCGGCCAUGAACACCUUCAUGUGGGACAACCCCUUCACCGCGCGCCACCUCGCCGCCGUGCGCGACCUCGGCGUGUCCCUCAUCCCGCCGGUGACCAAGCGGCUGGCCUGCGGGGACUACGGCAACGGCGCCAUGGCGGAGCCGUCGGAGAUCUGCCGGACCCUGUUGCUCUUCUUCGGACCACAACAUCUUUAGAAGCAGUUGGAGCCAAUGCUCAAGCUCUUCGGUUAUGUUUGCUUUCUGUAUGAGAUGCGUGACUUGCUUGAUGUCUAGUAAUCUUGUUAUGGAAAUUGUUCUAUACAAUGGUUGCGAUGACAUCACACUUGGCAUGCUUCUCGUCUUCCAUUUCAGCAUACAGAUCGUUGAGCGCCCUGAAGAUCUCCUCAGCUUCAGGCAGCAAUGUGUUCCCGGCUGUGAAGGCAAACACCUUGUUUUUCA